GUCCAUGUGUUUGCUGUAUUUAUACAGCAGACAGAGCCGUACACACUCCAGACACUCCAUCAGUCCAGGACCCAGGAUGCCUUCCUCCACUAGCUGCGCUUUGUCCUUUAUGUGUUUGACUCUCCUGCUUCUCCUUCCUGCACAAGGACGCACAGGACAGAUGGUGUCGAAAAACCAUCCACCUGGUGUGGGUGUCAGCUGCUGCCUGCGUGUCUCAAACGCCACAAUAAAUGAAGCCGUCGUUGAGUGUUACAUUCAGGAGAAACACAUGAUUGCAAGCUGUCCAAUUGACGCAUACAUUUUGAUCACUGAGAGCGGUGAACAGAGGUGUGUUGACCCAAAAGCUAAGUGGCUUCAAAAAAGGCUUGCACGUUUAGAGAAAAAAGGAAUAUACUGCACCAAAGUGUCAAUUCCAAUAUUAUUCAAGACUUAACUCUGGUUCCUCAACGACUCAAAUUCCACCGGCUGCAGUUCCUGCAGUGUUUUUUCAUUUGUUUUGUUAAUGUAACCAGUUAUCAUAUAAACGUCUUGUACUGUGUUUGAAAACCUACUUGGCAAUAAACUGUUUUGAUUUCAAAUUUUUUUAAGUGUUAUUGCUUAUGUUUUAAGUCAACCAUUUAGUUGACUGUUGAGUAAAAGCUAUGACCAACGAAUCAUGACUUAGUCUAUUUUUAGUACAGAUUCCUUUGU